UGCAUACGAGCCAUUCAGCAUAGCAUCAACCAGUCAAGAAGUCGAGAAGAGCGGCCACAAGAAACAAGGAAGGGAUUCUUGAAGACCGAUCGGUAUGAAUGGCUCGGCCAACGAUGACACUAGGGACGAUGUAGGAGAAGGCAGCAGCACCAACGUUGCAAAAGAUGUGCCCGAUUCAAUGCCAGCUACAACCUCAAGGUCAAGUUCCACUACUCCUGGCGAGAUGGACACAAUUCAGGAUGCUUUCAACCAAGAUUCUGAAACACAAGACCGCUCCACGGCCAACCCCUACCUGGUCCUUUCGGGCGAAGACGAGCAUCUCCUAUCCCUCUCGCGUCCCCCUCCCAAACCCCCUCAAAGUAGCAGCAGCAGCAGCAGCAGCAACGCUCUCCCAGAUCACACCUGGUCCCUCCCCUCCGACCCAGGCUCAUCACAGGAGCAUCUCGUCUCUCCCGCCCUAAAAGCCCGGUUGGCUCAAUUCCACGAGUUGAAGGGGGCGGAGAGGCCAACGCACUUCAAUGCGAGCUUGCUGAGCAAUCGCUCUUUCCGCAACCCGAGCAUCUACGAUAAGCUGGUAGCUUUUGUUGGAGUGGACGAGAGGGCGAGUGGGUAUGCGCUUGUUCAGGGUCUUCGAAGGAGAGAGGGGAGGAGUGGGGAGCAGGAGGGUGGUGAGAGCUCUCCUCCUUCCAAUCUCGACCUUCCUCUAAGCUGGAACAACCCCUCUCUCUCAAGCUAUACCCACGCGCAAGCAGAUCCACGUCGAUUAGCCAGCCUGCAGAAGACCUUUACCGAGGAGCAGCACGCCAGGCAGACUUCGGGGAAACGAAAUAACAUCGAUUUCACACCUGCCGCCGCUAGUAGCAGCAAUAGUGGAACGCCGACGAAGAGGAAACAUCGCGAGGGGGAGGGGAGGACGAGAGACCGAGAGCGGCAGCGCGAGUCAGGGCGAAGCGACAAGGAUGGAUCUUCUCGUCGUAGAGGCGAGGAGCGAAGGCCGGCUGACCGAGACAGGGAGAGGUAUCAGCGUGGCGAAAGGGAGAGGGAGAGAGAUCGCAGGUCAGAAUCGGACAGGGCGAGACGCUGAGGCCACGCAUUGGAUAAAACAAACAGAGAGAGGACGUGAAGAUGCAUUACUAUACCCCAUCCCUUGUACAGGAUCCGCAAUGACAACAUGAGCUUUCAACGAAGAAGGAUGAAGAGUGGAUGA